UCUGCAUGUGUGUGUGUACAUAGAGGAUGUGCUCAGUGCUCAGGUGCGGCUGGACCAGUCAGUUCACCCAGACGACGGAGCUCUCUGCUGGGGCAAGGGGGGCCGGGAGCUUGAGACCUCCAACGCUGGAGCUCCAAUUACUGCACCUGUAACCUAACGAUUUUUAUACGCGCCUUUCUUAAUCAAGAGGACAAUCUCGCCAGACUGCGGAUCCUACAGAUAUACUGUGUGGUUUUUUUGCCAUCAUCUUGCACUUAUUUUGCACUUUGAGCGCUGAGCAGCGGAAGCAGCAGCGGAGGAGGCGCAGAGGAGUAUGUCCUGGUUCUGUCCCGCCCCAGACUGGACCUGUGCGUGUGCCCAGUGUGGAUAGCUGCCGAGGGAGAUAAGGAACAAAAGAAAAGAAAAAAGGGAAAUCCUGGAAACGAGGAGAGGAAAAUCCUUCCCCUGCUCCCUCUCACAUACCUGUGAGGUCUCGCUCCCUGACAAAACCCCGGCUGAGGAGAGCGGAGGACCAAAAAAAAGAUAAUUAGGAGCAAAGAGGAGAAGGGCCAAAAGGGGAAAGACUUUCAUCCCCCCAUUCAUCCCCCCUUCCUCCCGUUUCCCACCUGUGAGGAUUAAUUGGACUGGGGCAGCAUGGCGCACGCCGCCUCGGCACUGAAGAAAAAGGCGGAUGAGAACCUCAACGCCGCGGAGGAAGAGAAGGAGAAGAAGAAGGCGAGGAAGCGUGUCAAAGAAGUGAAGAAAAAGCCGGACGCCAACGCCUGUUACCUGCGAGCAGCUCGGGCCGGGAACCUAGAGAAAGCUUUGGACUACCUGAAGAAUGGAGUCGACAUCAACAUAUGCAAUCAGAACGGUCUGAACGCUCUCCAUCUGGCCUCGAAGGAGGGCCACGUGGAGGUGGUGGCUGAGCUCAUCAAGCAGGGCGCCAACGUGGACGCAUCCACCAAGAAAGGAAACACAGCGCUCCACAUAGCUUCUCUUGCCGGGCAGACGGACGUGGUGAAGGAGCUCGUCACACACGGAGCCAACGUCAAUGCACAAUCUCAGAAUGGCUUCACGCCGCUGUACAUGGCGGCGCAGGAGAACCACAUGGUCGUGGUGCAGUUCCUAUUGGACCACGGCUCCAGUCAGAGCAUCGCCACUGAGGACGGCUUCACUCCCCUGGCGGUGGCGUUGCAGCAGGGCCACGACCAGGUGGUCUCCCUCCUGCUGGAGAACGACACCAAGGGGAAGGUCCGCCUGCCGGCGCUGCACAUCGCCGCGCGGAAGGACGACACCAAGGCCGCCGCCCUGCUCCUGCAGAACGACCACAACGCCGACGUGGAGUCCAAGAUGAUGGUGAAUAGAACAACAGAGAGCGGCUUCACUCCUCUUCACAUCGCGGCUCACUACGGCAACAUCAACGUAGCGACGCUGCUGCUGAACAGAGGGGCGGCCGUGGACUUCAAGGCAAGGAACGACAUCACUCCGCUGCACGUAGCCUCCAAGCGCGGCAACGGCAACAUGGUGCGACUGCUGCUGGAGAGGGGCGCCAAGAUCGACGCACGCACCAAGGACGGUCUGACCCCGCUGCACUGCGGCGCCAGGAGCGGCCAUGAGCAGGUGGUGGAGAUGCUGCUGGACAGAGGAGCUCCCAUACUGUCAAAGACCAAGAACGGCCUGUCUCCGCUGCACAUGGCGACGCAGGGCGACCACCUCAACUGCGUGCAGCUGCUGCUGCACCACGAGGUGCCCGUGGACGACGUGACCAACGACUACCUGACGGCGCUGCACGUCGCCGCCCACUGCGGACACUACAAGGUGGCCAAGGUCAUCGUGGACAAGAAGGCCAACCCCAACGCCAAGGCGCUGAAUGGCUUCACGCCCCUGCACAUCGCCUGUAAGAAGAACAGGGUCAAGGUGAUGGAGCUGCUCCUGAAGCAUGGAGCAUCCAUACAGGCAGUCACCGAGUCCGGUCUGACGCCGAUCCACGUCGCAGCGUUCAUGGGCCACGAAAACAUCGUCCACCAGCUGAUCAACCACGGGGCUUCGCCGAACACGAGCAAUGUGAGGGGGGAGACAGCGCUCCACAUGGCAGCGAGGGCGGGACAGUCAAACGUGGUCCAAUAUCUGGUCCAGAAUGGAGCUCGGGUGGAUGCCAAGGCCAAGGACGACCAGACGCCGCUGCACAUCUCGAGCCGCCUCGGUAAACAGGACAUCGUCCAGCAGCUGCUGGCCAACGGCGCUGACCCAGACGCCACGACCAGCUCCGGGUACACGCCCCUGCACUUGGCCGCCAGGGAGGGACACCGAGACGUGGCCGCAGCGCUGCUGGACCAGGGGGCGAGUCUGGGCAUCACGACCAAGAAGGGCUUCACUCCUUUGCACGUCGCAGCGAAGUACGGCAAGAUCGAGGUCGCCAACCUGCUGCUGCAGAAGAACGCUCAGGCCGACGCUGCCGGGAAGAGUGGACUAACUCCACUGCAUGUGGCAGCACACUAUGAUAACCAGAAGGUGGCGCUGCUCCUGCUCAACCAGGGAUCCUCGCCUCACGCUGCCGCGAAGAACGGUUACACACCGCUCCACAUCGCGGCCAAGAAGAACCAGAUGGAGAUCACCACCACGCUGCUGGAGUACGGCGCCUCCACCAACACCGUCACGCGCCAGGGGAUCACCCCGCUGCACCUCGCGGCGCAGGAGGGCAACGUGGACAUCGUGACGCUGCUGCUGGCCCGGGACGCUCCGGUCAACACGGGCAAUAAGUCGGGUCUGACUCCGCUCCACUUGGCCGCCCAGGAGGAUAAAGUCAACGUCGCCGAGGUCUUAGUCAACCAGGGAGCGACUAUUGACCCUGAGACCAAGCUCGGAUACACUCCUCUUCAUGUGGCCUGUCACUACGGCAACGUGAAGAUGGUCAACUUCCUGCUGAAAAACCAGGCGAAGGUCAACGCCAAGACCAAGAACGGUUACACUCCUCUGCAUCAGGCCGCGCAGCAGGGACACACGCACAUCAUCAACCUGCUGCUGCAACACGGAGCGUCGCCCAACGAACUCACCACCAACGGGAACAGCGCUCUGUCCAUCGCCCGGAGGCUCGGCUACAUCUCCGUGGUCGACACGCUCAAAGUGGUCACCGAGGAAACGCUGACCACUCAGACUGUGACGGAGAAGCACAAGAUGAACGUUCCAGAGACGAUGAACGAGGUGCUGGACAUGUCCGAUGAUGAAGUUCGUAGAGCCAAUGUCCCCGAAAUGAUCACAGAGGACUAUUUAUCUGAUGUGGAAGAAGAGAUGGAUUUUGGAAAUAUCUGCAUCAGUUAUUCAUGUGACGAUGCCAUGACGGGGGACACGGAUAAGUAUCUGGCCCCCCAGGACCUGCGGGAGCUGGGGGACGACUCGCUCCCCCAGGAGGGCUACAUGGGCUUCAGCGUCGGUGCGCGGUCCCAGAGCCUGCGUUCCUUCAGUUCUGAUAGGUCCAACACGUUGAACCGCAGCUCGUUCACGCGGGACAGCAUGAUGAUCGAGGAGAUCCUGGCACCCCACAAGGAGAUGAUGCUCCGUAAGGAAAAGUCUUUCAUGGUAGAGCAACACAACAAGCAUCUGGCCGCGGCCAAGGACUUCGACAGCGACUCCCUGAGGAGGUACAGCUGGACGGCGGACGCACUGGACAACGUCAACCUCGUCUCCUCGCCGAUACACUCUGGUUUUUCCUCUCCGCUCCCGCAGUACGACAGCAGGUUCCUGGUCAGCUUCAUGGUCGACGCCAGGGGCGGCUCCAUGAGAGGGAGCCGCCACAACGGCAUGCGCAUCAUCAUCCCGCCGAGGAAGUGCACCGCGCCCACCAGGAUCACCUGUCGACUGGUCAAGAGGCACAAGCUCGCGUCGCCCCCUCCGAUGGUGGAAGGAGAAGGCCUCGCCAGCCGCCUGGUCGAGGUCGGUCCGGCAGGGGCUCAGUUCCUCGGGCCGGUGAUAGUGGAGAUCCCUCAUUUUGGCUCGAUGCGGGGCCAGGAGCGGGAGCUGAUCCUGCUGCGCAGCGAGAAUGGGGAAACCUGGAAGGAGCAUCUGUACGACUGUAAGACUGAUGACCUCAAUCAGCUGCUGAACGGGAUGGAUGAAGAACUGGACUGUCCCGAUGAGCUGGAGAGGAAGAGGAUCUGUCGCAUCAUCACCAAGGACUUUCCGCAGUACUUUGCUGUGGUGUCUCGGAUCAGACAGGAGACCAAUCAGAUGGGGCCAGAGGGCGGGACCCUGUGCAGCCGGAGCGUCCCGUUGGUUCAAGCCUCCUUUCCCGAGGGGGCGCUGACCAAGAAGAUCAAGGUUGGACUGCAGGCCCAACCAGUGCCCGACGAGACGGUGAAGAAGAUCAUUGGCAACAGAGCAACCUUCAGUCCCAUCGUUACCGUGGAGCCCAGGAGGCGGAAGUUCCACAAGCCCAUCACCAUGACAAUCCCAGUCCCGCCCCUCUCGGGAGAGGGGCUCACCAACGGCUACAAAGGAGACUGCACCCCCUGCCUCCGCCUCCUGUGUAGCAUUACAGGUGGUACGUCCCCGGCACAGUGGGAAGACAUCACGGGCACAACUCCUCUCACCUUCAUCAAUGACUGCGUCUCCUUCACCACCAAUGUCUCCGCAAGGUUCUGGUUGGCGGACUGCCACCAGAUCCCGGAGACGGUGGGUUUGGCCACGCAGCUGUACAGGGAGCUGAUCUGUGUGCCCUACAUGGCCAAGUUUGUGGUGUUUGCCAAGAUGAACGACCCGGUGGAGUCCAGACUGAGGUGCUUCUGUAUGACGGAUGACAAGGUGGAUAAAACCUUGGAGCAGCAGGAAAACUUUGAGGAGGUGGCCAGGAGCAAAGACAUAGAGGUUCUGGAGGGCAGGCCCAUCUAUGUGGACUGCUAUGGGAACUUGGUUCCUCUGGCUAAAGCUGGUCAGCAGUUAGUUCUCAACUUCUACGCCUUCAAGGAAAACCGUCUGCCCUUCUGCGUCAAGGUGAGAGACCCAAGCCAGGAGCCCUGCGGUCGUCUCACGUUCCUCAAAGAGUGUAAGACUAUAAAAAGCCUUCCACAAACCGCCGUGUGCAACCUGAACAUCACACUCCCUGCGGUGAAAAAGGAAUUGGAGUCAGAUGCCGAGGAUGAGACUGAAAAGCCAGAGCGACGUCAUACCUUUGCAUCUCUAGCCUUACGUAAGCGCUACAGCUAUCUGGCCGAGCCUGCACUGAAAACAACCGUUGAGCGAAGCGCAACAGCAAGAACACUGCCUGCUGGUUACCCUCACAAACCUGUCUUUCCAGCCAGACCUUACCCACCAUGGUCGACUGCUCCUAUUACCGUCCCUGGCCAAACAAGGCACAUCGGAAUGGGGGGGUCCCUCGCCUCUACCGAUUCACCGGCAGGCUCACCAGCUGCUUCUCCACUGAAAUCUACCUGGCCCUUCGCCUCCCCAUCACCUGCAUGCCCUACAACUAUGAAAGCUACCCUGGGAACUCCACCACCACCACCAGCACCUACCCUGUCCUCCCCAGUUAAAUCAGUUUGUGAAAUGGUGUCCUCAUCCCCGAUGAGGUCUUACAGGACUAUGCCAUCACCAAUUAAAACCGUUGUACAGCAGGGUCAGUACCCUGUCCAGGGAUCUGCCAGCCUUGUGUCGUCUGGAAGCCCGUGUAAACCUGCCACAGAUCCAGCAUCUAUCAAGAACCUUGCUUCGGCAUACACAUCAAGGACUUCCCCACUUCACUCAAUACUUAAUGGUUCUGUGCCAGAAAGAUCAUCAUCUCCGAUCACUGCUCCAGCAUCGUCAAAGACACCUUACAACAUGUACAAUGCCAAUCUGCCAUUCAAAACUGCUCUUGUUGUGACAGAUGCAGGGGCACCUAACCUUCCUUCCGUUAAAAGCAUCUCAAGCCUGUCCUCUUUGAAAACCUCUGCAGAUUCAACACUCUCUUCCCGGGGAGGGAGAUCAUCCCUCUCGUCUCUCUCCUCAACGGGGCAAACAACCAUUCCUUCCUCAGAAUUUUCCAUGAUGAAUGGAUCGGUCUCACCCGUUAAAUAUCCAUCCUCCUCCUCUACGCCAUCCUCCCCUUCUUCUCGUCUUCUCUCUGAGAGGAGUUGCAGCCUUCAAGAGAGGAUCCUGGCCACCACCCAGGCAGCAACCUCUGGUGUCAGUGCAGCCAUAAAUGAAGCUAUAGACUCAUACUCUGUCUCCGGCUAUGGCACUCUUAGAUCACUGUCCUCCUCACGUAGAUCUGCAGCUGCAAGCUCUGCCUAUGGUUCUCUGAGAUCUGUAGCUGCUUCCACCAGCUCGGUAGUUACAUCUAAUACGGUGACUGUACCUGUGUAUUCGUUAGUGAACAUGAUCCCAGAGACCCCUGUCAAACCAGGGCCAGGGUCUCUCAAAAUGGCACUGCCUGAUCCCCCUCGUGUCUCAUCCUUGACAUCUUCCUCUUUGUCUACAUGUGUUACCACAUCAAAAAUAAACUCCCAAUUGAAAUCCCCACCGUUUAUCACACCACCUAUCAUCCACCCAACCGCAGCUUCCAACCAGGAGAUACUAAAAGAUGUAGCAGACAUGAAAGAGGAUCUGAUGAGAAUGACAGCUAUCCUACAGACAGACACACAGACAGCAGCCAAAACAGUUCAAACAUCACGUACUGGCACUCCUAAAGAGCCCAAGUUAGAGGAUGAGGAGCCAUUUACUCUUGUGGAGAAAGUGAAAGAAGACUUAGUGAAAGUCAGUAAGCUUUUACAGAAAGAUAUCAUGGGUGAAGGAAAGGCCAUUGCAUGUAAAGAGAGAGUCUCAGAGGAUGAAUGGGAGGAAUUUUCCAAAGACGAGAUAGAGGAGGCACAAAGAAGUGCUCUCACAGAGUAUUAUUCUCCAUUUGAUGAAAACACACUUCUCAAGCACCAAUCCAUGUCAAGUAGAGACUUAGAGUUGGCCAGAGUAGUAGAUUUUUUAACAAAUGACGUUGCCGCUAACUCUCUCUCCAAAAUGGCAGAGUUGAAAUGUAGGUAUGAGGAGGAGGCAAAAAGGGAAGGGGAAGGGGAAGAGAAACAGAAACGUGUUCUCAAACCGUCCAUGUCCAUACAAGAGCACAAACUCAAAAUGCCUCCACCAGUCUCAGGCAUGCUUAGGUCCCCCUCAGAGAAAGACCUAAGCAAACUUGCAGAAUCAUAUCAGGGGUCGGAGACUAUUUUGGAGUCUCCCGAGGACCUUUCUCAUGAGCAGGAUAAGAGUCCCCUGUCCGACAGUGGAUUUGAGACCAGGAGUGAAAAGACACCCUCUGCUCCUCAGAGUGCAGAGAGCACAGGACCUAAGCCUUUAUUCACAGAUUCACCUAUCCCCCCCUGCGUAACUGAGACCAGGACUGAAGUAGUCCACAUUAGGAGCUAUGAUGAUCCUUGUGAGCCUUUACUCAUGGAUGAGGCUGCAUCUGCCCCCCCUCCUUCUAUAGACCCAGAUGCAGCUUCAACAAGCAGCACCAAAGCCUUACAGAUGAAAAUACCAGAAGAUGACUCCAUGAUGAACAAAAGCAUGUGUCUUAAAGAGGAAACGCAUAUUACUACAACCACCAGAAUGGUCUACCACAAGCCCCAACUGACUGACGGUGCAGAGAUGAUAGAGGAAGCUAUGUCAGUCAGAGAUAUUAUGAAAGCUUUCCAAUCAGGUAGGGACCCAUCUAAAGAACUGGCAGGCCUUUUUGAACACAAGGCUAGCCAAGAUUCUGUCAAAGGUGAUGAGCUAACUCCUAGAUUUCUAGACAGAGACAGAGAGAAAUCCAAACCCAAAGUUGAAAGGAUUAUUGAGGUUCAUAUCGAAAAGGGCCACAGUACAGCAGAACCAACUGAGGUUAUUAUCAGGGAAACCAAAAAACACCCUGAGCUUUAUGUCUACAAAGGGGACCGUGGAAUAAAAGAACUUGGUGAUUACGAUGAGGCCCAACAGGAAGAAGAGGAGCUUACUGCCGAAGUACCAUUGCCCUCUUUCCUGGAAACAUCUCGUGUUAACACCCCAGUGUCACAGGAGGAGGACAGUCGCCCAAGCUCUGCUCAACUGAUAGCAGAUGAUUCAUAUAAAGCCCUGAAACUAUUGAGCCAGCACUCCAUAGAAUACUGUGAUGAUGAGCUCUCAGAGGUCAGAGGCGAAUCAUAUAGGUUUGCUGAGAAAAUGCUUCUUUCAGAGAAACUUAACGUGUCUCCGCUGUCCCACUCUGACACAGACGAUUCAGCAAUGGUGAGUGACAAAAAACGGCACCUUAUUUCUGAGGAGAUUGGUAGCCAUAGUACUGAGAGCAUGAGUCAGCAGCAAGGAAGCCCAAAAAGAGAAUUUGUCUCUAAGUCAUCAAAAGAUGGGUCCCCUAAAUCUGGUAAAUUCUUGCACAGGGAUGAACCAUCUCAGUUUGAUAAAGUGACAGUGCUCCAUUACUCUACAGAGCCGGGCAGCCCCAAGCAUGCUGUUUGGAUGCGAUUUACAGAGGAUAAACAUGACAGAAGCAGGGAUAAGCUCCUUUAUGAGGACAGGGUGGACCAAUCUGUAAAGGAAGCUGAAGAAAAACUCUGUGAAGUAUCACAGUUCUUCCGUGACAAAACUGAGAAGCUCAAUGAUGAGCUGCAGUCCCCUGAGAAAAAGCCUGUGAGACGAGAGCCAAAGGAGACCAGGUCCUUGCCUAGUUCAGCCUGCAGUAGCCCUGAGAAAACACAGCAGAAAGCUAAGGCAGGAGAGGAAGGGUUGGGUAAAAGCAAACUCAGAGAGCCUUCAGUUGUUAAAAUGUUUGGCAGCACCACAACAACUGAAAAGAAAUGCUCUAGCUUACCAAGCAGCCCCCAGAAAACGGUACUCUCUUAUACUAGUGAUAAUACAAUUAAACAAACUAAGACUAGUGAGUCUGAACCCUCUUCUCCCUCUCACAUAAAAUCGACAUCCAAAGUCAGUAGGGUGAGGAUGAAAUUUGAAUCGGAGGCUCAGAAACAAAGUCAGUCUAGUCCAACCAAAAUUCCUCCUCCAGUACAACCAAAACCUUCAAUAAAAAAAUUACAGGAGAGCAAACUUCCCGUAUUUCAGUUUUUUGCAGGUGAAAAAGUGUCAAAAGAAUCUGAAAAAUCCAAAGACGAAAAGAUAAAAAAUGAUGUUGAAAAGGACAAAUAUGCAGCAAGAGAUAGCAGUAAGCCUGCUCAAAUAUCCACACCUAAAGUUCAAAAACAUACUGGGGGCAUGCUGCCAGAUAAAAACAUUCCAGAGGCCUCCUUCCAAAGACAAAUUAGUGAAGUUGAGACUGAAAAAGCAACAACUAAACGGGAAGAUAUUACUUCAAGUGUUACUCAGGAAAUUAAAGAAAGCAAUACAUGUCAGAAAGUUCAGACACACGUUGUUCACGCUGACAGACUACAAGAGAAAGAUAGUGAUGCUAAAAAACACCAACAAAUCACAAAGGAUGAGUCUGCAUCCAGAGAAGUAAUAUCUGAGCUUCCCCAAAAAGAUGGUGAGGAACCACUAAACAAAAAUCUCAGAAAAAAGACAGAAUCUCAAAUUCCUAUAAGAACAGCAUUUUCUACUUUUGAUAAUGACCUCACAAAGAAACAGACUAAACCCUCACAGAUACCUACAUUAUCCAAGAGCAAAGUACAGAUUGAGACAACCCCUGCAAAAGCAAUUGAAAAAGUAUCCAUUGAAGUUCUAGAUAAUGCACCCAAAGAUUCCAACUCAAAUAAUCUCCCUAGUCCUAGAGAAAUGCUGGAGGAUGUCAUAACCCCCCCAGUUGAUAUAACAACCAAAGAGAACUUCAAGGGCAUCAAAACAUUACCUGUUUACGUCAGUGUCCAGGUGGGCAGGCAGGCAGAGAGGGAGGCGAAAGGAGCAGUAUACACAGUCAAACAGACAUCAAACUCAGUGCUCAGCCCCAUUAGCCCAGAUGAUGACACACUAGAACAGGUGUCUUUCAUAGACAGCUCAGGGAGAAGCCCCCUUACACCCGAAACCCCCAGCUCUGAGGAAGUCAGCUAUGACCUCACAACCAGGACCACUGACGGCUUUAUGGGAUUCAUGCCAGGGAAACCCAGCCCCAUCAUGGAGGUAUCUGAGGAAUCAGAUGACCAAGGCAAUACUGUGUUUUCUUUUAAAGAGGCCCUGCCCGAUAGGAAAACUGAUAUUCAUGCCACCCAAGCAGAUCUUGCUAAUGCUAAUAAGCAAGAAACUGAAAUGAAUGAUAACCAUCAGGAAUUAACAAGUAGCAAUGGUAGGCAUGAUGAAAUAAGUGGGCAGGAGCAUCAAGAAGUCUCAAAAGACAAAGGUAUUGCAUAUAUUGAGUUCCCUCCACCUCCUCCUUUGGAUUCAGCUUCAGAAAUUUCAGACCCAGAGAGGAAAGGUUCAUGUGCCUCUUCAGAGGCUGAGUCAGAAAUGAUGGAGGUGAACUUACAAGAAGAACAUGACAAGCAUCUGUUGAUCGAGCCAAUUAUACGUAUCCAACCCCCUUCCCCGGUGCCUCCUGAAACAGAUGACAGUCAGUCAAAUGGUGAAGAGGGGGAGGACGAGUCAAUCUUCCAAACAAUUCCUUCUAAGAAAUUCACUUUUAACAUUCCUGGUGAGGAUGAGGAGAAGAAAAAGAAGGAGAAGGAAAAGGCAUCUAAAUCCAAAAAACCUGACAAAAAUGGAAACGACAAAGAACUGAAUGGUGGGACGAGUGGUUCUAAUGGUUCUAAUGGCAAAGGAGAGGAAUAUGAAUAUGAACAAAAUGGAAAUGACCAGUCGAUAACGGACUGUUCAAUAGCCACAACUGCUGAAUUUUCUCAUGACACUGAUGCAACAGAGAUAGACUCCUUAGAUGGAUAUGAACUUCAGGAUGAGGAUGAUGGCCUGUGCGAGCAGGCAGAUUUACGGCUUUUUGGUCUUCCAGACAGUCGGAGAGAUGUUUGGGCCACAGACACAUUUAGGUCGUCUGACCGCUGUUUUCCUCAGACCAAACUGGAGGUUAUUGAAGAGGAGAAAACCCCAGAAGAAUGUCAAAAGGAUGCUUUCAAAAAAGAUACCCCCUCAAAUUGUGGACUACCUGACGAUUUUAGUAAAGAUGGGGUGAAAAGUCAGGAACAAAAACCCUCAGAUAAAGAGGGAUUUUCAGACACUUACUUUAGUUAUAAGUUAGAGGAAGAGUUUAACUCUCCUUUUAAGACUGUGGCCACCAAAGGGCUGGACUUUGACCCCUGGCCCAGUAAAGGUGGAGAAGAGGAAGUCGUUGACAUGGGAGGGACGCGGGGUAACAAUGGUGAUCCUAAGCCUUUUGGACUAGCAGUGGAUGAACAGUCUCAGGCCACAACACCAGACACUACCCCAGCCCGAACACCAACGGAUGAUAGCACACCGACGAGCGAGCCAAAUCCAUUCCCCUUCCAUGAAGGGAAGAUGUUUGAGAUGACACGCAGUGGUGCAAUUGACAUGAGCAAGAGGGACAUGGUGGAGGAGAGGCUGCAGUUUUUUCAGAUUGGCCCGCAGAGUCCCUGCGAGAGAACAGACCUCCGCAUGGCAAUAGUGGCUGACCACCUGGGACUCAGCUGGACUGAGCUGGCCAGGGAGAUGGAUUUCUCCGUGGAAGAGAUCAACUUCAUCCGAGUGGAGAACCCCAACUCCCUGACAGCACAGAGCUUCAUGAUGCUAAAGAAAUGGGUGCACAGGGACGGUAAAAAUGCCACAACGGAUGCUUUAACUGCGGUGCUGACUAAGAUCAAUCGGUUGGAUAUUGUGACUUUGCUGGAAGGGCCCAUAUUUGACUACGGUAACAUUUCAGGCACACGCUGCUUUGCCGAUGAUAACGCAGUAUUCCCGGAUCAGUCCGAUGGGUACCACAAUAUAGAUCUGGAGCUGCAAACCCCCUCAGACCUCAACUACCAGCCCCCCACCCCGCUGCGCUCAGACGACUUCUUUAGCGAGGGCGACGGUAGCGUAGACUCCCCUAGCAAGACCACGCUCACUAGACCUAGCGACCUCUCUCUCACACAGACCACCAGCACCUCCAGCAGCAGCCCCCUCACGGUCGCCCCGGGCCCCGGCUCCUGUGCCCCGGAGCCGCCCAUAGCCGGGGCAGAAGACACAGCCCUGAGCACUAGAGAAAGAGUGGAAGAAAAGACGGGGCUGGCUUCUUAUGAGAGACCAGAUAAUGACAGAAGGUCAGUAGAGAAAUCAGGAAAGGGGACAGAAGAACCGAAGCCAGGGCAAGAGGUUGCUCUGGAGAGACAGUUCGCCACCUCAGACGCCGUCCAGGGAAAUGGGAAGCAGGGAGGGGAGGAAGAGGAGGAGGAGAUGACCCAGGAGAGGCUGCAGAGUCUGCUGGACGACAUAAAGCUGGAGGGAGGCUCGGAGGACGAGGAGAUGACAGAGGAGAGGGUGAACGCCAUCCUGGAACAAGUGCGGCAAGCAGAAAAAGAUGUGUGUUCAGUUCCAGGUUGGAGCGGCGAGUCGUCGGGCGCGUUCGCAGAGUCGUCGGCGCAGCCCGGCGCCGAGGAGGGCAGCCCCGAUUCACUGGAGCAGCCGCUGGCACAGGCCGCCAGGCAGAACGGGGGUCAGAGCGACGCAGCCAGGGAAGGGAAGGAAGAGGAGGCCAAGAGGAAGGGCUCCUCUCAGGAGGAGAGCGGCACCGCGGGACCAAGCAGAGCGCGGGAGGAAGGGGCGGACCGAUCCCAGCACAAAGGCCAGGGGAGCGUUGGAGCCGAGGAGUCCGGCUCCGACGAGGAGACCACAGUCACCACCAGGGUGUACCGCAGACGGGUCAUCCUCAAGGGAGAGGAGGCCAAGAACAUUCCUGGAGAGUCUGUGACCGAGGAGCAAUUCACAGACGAAGAGGGGAAUCUGGUCACCAGAAAAGUGAUCAGAAAGGUGGUGCGCCGCGUGGUCAACUCAGAGGACAGGAGGGAGAGCGAAGGCGAAACCGUUGCAAAAGAAGCAGCUGCUGCUGGUGGUGGUGGUGGUGGUGUAGCAAAAGGUGGAGCAGACGCUGCCUCUUCCUCUGCAGCAGCAGGAGCCGCGGGGGGGAAGGGCAAGAAGAGAGGGAAGCGUUCGCGACAGGGCCACAGGGCGGAGAAGUCCGGAGAGGAGGCGCAGAGAGGGAACAGCGAGUCUGGAAACGGCGCCAACAAGAAACAGGGGAAGAGGAAUCAGUCGUAACAGUGGAGCUCUGAUCUGAACCUGGUCCAGGGGACGUCCCACCUGCGAGACCACACACACACACACACACACCCUGGGAGGAAAAAAACGGAGCGGAGCCCCCCCUCCCUGAAAAACGAACGACGCCUCGUCAAUCAGCCAAAAACUGUGUCCGACGCUUUCACUUAACAACAACGCAUGAGACGACGCAAAAAAAACAGUUGCUUUCCUUUGAUUUCGCAUGAGCAUGUCACCAAACUCACUAAACUGUCGGGGGGGGCUGGAGACGACGAAACAGGAGGACGCGCAUCGGACGUGAGCUGGAACUGUUUUUGUUCAUCUUUUCACAACUAAAGACGGCGCAAAGGAAAGAGUCACGUUCUCUCUCAGACUCACUCGCCUUACGCGGCCGCAGCACUGGGGGUGUGUGUAACCGCGUGGUUCUUUUUUUUUUAAAGAAAAAUGAAAUAUAAUAGUAAAUGGGUGAUUUUGUUGUAUAUAAAUGACACUGUAUAAAAAUCUUUAAAAGAAAAGAAAACAAAACAAACAUCAGUAGCUUCACGGAUUGUUCACGCACUGGUUUGAGUCGAUGAAAAGCUUCUGCAGAGUCGACGCGUUUGUAUCGAGAGGUCGACGCCUGACAUGCGCUGCCCACACGAAGCUGUAAUGGGUAAAGAAAGGAGAAAAAAAAACCUGCUUGAUUUUAAAAAAACGAAGGACGUUUUCCUUCAAAGCCAACAGCUACUUCCUCCGCUCGGUCUACGGAACAUUGUCGUCGAGAGAAAUGAUAUUUUUGCUGCAUGUGACGUCACUUUAUUUUUAAGCCUUUUCUUUUGUCGUUUCUCCUAAUUCAGAAGCACCGCGACACAAUUGGAGAGAGGGGUCAUUCUGUCUCACAAUAACCCAAACCAUCUUUCAUCUAUUACUGUUUUUAUUUUUAUUUUUUAACGACACGCACACACACACUCCACAACUCGACAAGAUAACGACGCUUCAUUCUUGCGCUUCAGCGAGUCCCUGAAUGUAACAUGCCGACUGCCACAUCGCAUCAUCUCCAUACCGCUCUGUGUGUGUGUGUGUGUGUGUGUGUGUGUGAGUGUGACAUGAAAUAAAACCUGUGUCUGUCUGUACGAUCAUGCAUACUACAAGUGUAAGUGUCGGCUUUUAGGUCUGCUGUGGUUUUUUAAGAAAGGGGACUGUUUUUAUUUUUGAUGGUUUGAUGAUUUUUAUCUUUAUUUAAUUUGGUUGUAUUUACAUUAGAACAGAGGAUCUUUGUUUUUAUUCCCGUCACCCCUCCCAUCUGAUCCUUUUUACUAACAACUAAAAAUCACAAAAAUAAAACAGCGUCGAUCAGACAUUAAGAAUUCAGAUUUUCUGUUCUUGUGCAAAGGUUUUUUGUUUUUUUCCUUUCUCAUUUGGCAUAAAAAAACAAAACCACACUAAGAAUCACCUGUUGAUAAUAAUAACUCUGGUACCGACAUGUAUGACCAACCAACAUAGCUUACACUGGAUGAUCCAAGUAAUUAUUUAAGCAGAACAAUAAAUUGUGUUUAAACUACA